AUGAACAGCCUCGUGAUUCCUGUACUGGCUUCAUUAGUCUGCAUUGUUUUGUGCAAAGAGCACCACUACGGCUACGGUUCCGGGGAAUACGGCGAGGGUCAUCAUGGUCACGACCAUGAUUCUUCAUACAGCAAGGGUUACAGCAAAGGGUUCGAGAAGGAAGGUUUCGGUGACUAUGGUAGCCACAAGUACGGUGGAUGGGGAAGCUACGCAAAAGGACAGGAACAUGGGUCGCAUUAUGGUGAGGCAAUAUCAACAUUCCAAUCUCUACGCCAUCGUAAAAGGAUUCUGACUGGAUUUCAGGGUCCGAAUACGACAAGGACCACGGCCACGGAAAGCACGGUCACGAAGGACACGGUGAAGGUUACGAAUACCACGACGAUGGGCACCACGGUCACGAUCAUGACUUCGACCAUGAUCAUGGCUAUGGCCACCAUGGUCCGUCUCAUUACGGUGAUCACCACGGCGAUCACGACCACUAUCACGGAUACGGUAUGCCUUAUGGACACCACGGACACGACCAUUACGGCCAUGGACACGAUCAUGGACACGAUUAUGAUGGACACGAUCACUACUGAGCAGCUGCAGCCAGUGAGCCUUCAAAGCUUCUAA